GGGCUUCUUGACAGCUGUCAUUUCGCGUUUUCUCGAGACCGUAGGAGUAAAAUGUAAUGAAAAUCUUUAUUUUUAUCACACACGACGAUGUUCCCGUAGAGUGCGACCGGCUGUGUUCUUGAGUGACGAAACGAUACGAAAACACGACGACAGAAUGGCGAACGAGGAGGUGUUGGGUCCUCGAAAGACGAUGUUCGUAUUAGUGAUUGUUGUGGGGUGUUUCGCGGUGUUGUGGCCCAGGAUCCUGUCUCCGCUGAUCUUGGGCCACACGCAGGAGCAGUUGAAGCCGAACAAGUUCGACCGGGAGGCAGGGUGCUGUGAAGUACUCUUCGAAUCUGAAGUGGCCGUACUGGAAAUUGUCAACGAAGUCUGCAACACGAUAGCCCAUGGAGACCUAAAAUCACCGUAUGCAGCAGCCGAAUGUCGAAAAUUUGUCAACGAAACUUGCGGAUUGGACAUAGCAGUGUUUCUGAAACGAAGCGAGAAUGUUGGAAAGACAACAAAGAUGUUGCUGGACACCAUGAAAAAUAGCAACAGUUCAUGUCUGAAGGAGCAUUUUGGUGUACCAGUAAUGAGUUUAAGCUCCCACCAAGCGUACAAUUCGUGGACUCUACCGGACACUCUAAAACAAGAACGGCCUUCAAUCCGAGGCGUGGGUCCUCACCCAGCCCUCCGCGAGAGAGGGCGUGCGAUCCCUCCCGGGGUCCCGACACCCCCGUCCAGAGUCGUGCCGAUGCCCCCCCAUGUCAGGGUACGAUCCUCCCCCCUUUCGGUCUACUUCGAGCUGGACAUCAAGCCCCCUCCAAUCCCGGGCAUGCGGCCCCCCCUGGGCUCCCCCGGGGGCCCCGUGCCUGCCCCCAAGUCUUCCAUGGGCUUCGUCAUGCCAAUUUACACUAUAUGCAUUAUAGUCUUCUUCGUGUACACCCUUAGUAAGAUCCUGUUCAGGCGAGUCGACGCUCCAUACGAACCCGUGGACCCGGAUCCUCAGUUCAGGAGGCGGGUCUUCAGGGACGAUUCUAGAACUUCGCCAGAUAAACUUGGACCCAAAGAAAGGGACACGAGAGAUAUCGAGCUGGAGGCGCUCAGAGCGCGGCUGGCGGAAACGGAACGCGCCAUGCAAAGGAUAGUCAGCCAGCUGGCGCAGCGGGACGCGCAGGAUGCGCAGGAUAACAAUGCUCGUCCGUACACCAACGGAACAGUUCUACACAAUCAUGGACCGGUCCAUAUUGUAGCCAGCGAAUACAGAGAAUCCAAAGAUAAGUCUCCCGAGCCAAAAGAGAAAUCCCCACAACCCAAAGAGAAAGAACCAGAGACUAAAGAACCCUCUAAAGAGCCAAGCCCAGAAACCAAAGAAUUUACUCCGGAACCCAGGGAGCCUGAACCGACUUCUGAACCGGAAAGUAAAGAACCUACUCCCAGACCUGUUAUUCUACAGUCUGAAGAUGUUAAAACAAAAGACGAAAGUCCCAUACGAAAUACUCAAGAUAAUUCAGAGGAAUCAGGUUCAGAACCAGAAUUGGAGCCAAUUGAUGUAGAGGAAUCUAAAAACGAUGCGAAAGCUGAAACAGAAGAAUUCUUGAAUGAAACGAAGGACAGUUUGGUCAAAGAGCAACAAUCGACUUCAGAUCUUUUAGAAGAAGCUCUUAAAGAAGAUAAAUAUGAAGCCUUAGAAGAUGAAGAGGAUGAGGAAGAUGGAAUAGAAGUACCUGAAAAAUCGAGCGUAAAGGUGGUAGGGAUGGAGACGAGCGCGGGUGUGGCGGGGACGGCGGGAGGCGCCUGGCGCCGCGUGGCGCCGCCGGAGCCCGCGCCGCGCCCCGCGCACGAAGCCGAGGAGGUGAAGUCCAUAUUCCUGGAGACGGAGAUCCCGCAGCAGUCGCGGGUGCUGGUGGCGGACUUCGCCGAGGACCGCGAGGCCCGCCCCAAGCCCACCAAGCGUUCUCCUAUGUUGGUGAGCGGGAAAAUGACAUUAUCACUGAUACAGGACGCGCCGAGAGACACGCCGGACAGAGACCCAGAAUCAACGUUGGAUGAUUUUACUACGGCCAGUGCGCUCACGCAGGCCGCCGAGAAAGAGGAAGAUCUAUCAGACGAGGAGAUCGAAGAAGAGAUAGAGAUAGAGGAAAUCGAGGAAGAAGUUGAGGAAGAGGAGGAAGAGCCGCAGAAAUUGGAGAAGGAACCCACACAGGGGUAGAACUGAUAGAUAUAACAAAU